AUGACCACACAAAGAAAAUCGGAAUUGGAAUGGAAAACGAUCUUGAGUCCAGAACAAUUCCGAGUUUUAAGACAGAAAGGAACUGAACCACCUGGCACUGGAGAAUACAACAAGUUUAAUAAGAAAGGAAUCUACAAUUGCGCGGCAUGUAAUGCUCCUCUGUAUGUAUCCGAUACAAAAUUCAACAGUAAUUGUGGCUGGCCAGCAUUCUUUGAUGCUAUACCAGGUGCCAUUAUUCGCCACGAAGAUAACUCGGCUGGGAUGAGACGCAUAGAAAUAUGCUGUGCCAAAUGUGAUGGACAUCUCGGACAUGUAUUUCAAGGAGAGGGCUUCCCUACCCCAACCGAUGAGAGACACUGUGUGAACAGUAUUAGCUUAAGAUUCAAUGACGAAGAAUAUAAAUGAUCAAAAAACU